CUCAGAGCUCAACCGGCAACCGGCUUCUUCAGUCCCCUCAGUGCGCGCGCCUCGGCGGAUACCUGCUCCUGUAACCUGUAUAAUCCGGUGUAGCGGCUUUCAGAGCGGAGCCUCCAGCCUCCCUUCAGCUCCUGAACACACAGAAACAGGGCAAGAUGGCGAAAGGCGACAAGAAGAACGAGUGGAAGGAGUUCUUCUGGAACCCGAGGACCCGCGAGUUCUGCGGCAGGACGGCCAGCAGCUGGGGUUUGAUCUUUUUGUUCUACCUGGCCUUUUACAUCUUCCUGGCUGGAAUGUUCAUACUCACCAUGUAUGUCAUGCUUCUAACACUCGACGACAACAAGCCCACCUACCAAGACAGACUUGCUACACCAGGGUUGAUGAUCAGGCCUAAAGGUGAAGAAAUGGAGAUUAUAUACGCUAAAGAGAACACAGAGAGCUGGGACACACAUGUGCAAGCCCUCAACAGCUUCCUCUCACCCUACAAUGACUCAGUGCAAGAGCAGAAGAACUACGCAUGUAAACCUGACCAGUACUUCAAACAGGAGGACAGCGACAGCGUGAAGAACAACCCCAAACGCUCCUGCCAGUUCAGACGCUCCAUCCUGGAAGACUGCUCUGGCCUCACCGACCGCUACUAUGGCUACGAUGAGGGCAAGCCAUGCAUCAUCAUCAAACUCAACAGGGUGAUUGGUAUGUUGCCAGGGAAGGAUGGCCAGGCACCCUCCAUUAGUUGUGCUCCGAAGAAAUACAAAAUCGGCAAAGAUGAAUGGAUUGAUGACACAGAUAAAAUGGGCGAGGUGGCAUACUUUCCUCGCAACGGCACCUUCAACCUCAUGUACUUCCCGUACUACGGCAAGAAGGCUCAGGUAAAUUACUCGCAGCCUCUGGUAGCAAUAAAGUUCCUCAACAUCACUUUGAACACAGAAAUCAACGUGGAGUGCAAGAUCACUGCCAACAACAUCCCCAACUUGAAUGAACGGGACAAGUUUGCAGGACGAGUCUCCUUCAAGCUGAGGAUCAACUCCCGAAAUUAAUGGGACCAAAGUGUGUUACCUCCUUGUACACACACACAUGCACACACACACACACACACACAUCUAUAUGCUGUAUACACACAUAUACUGUAUGUCCACCUCAGUCUAUCCUAUCAUGUGCAGCUAGCUUCCUAAAACACACAUACACACAACAGACACAGCAAGAGACAGAUUCAUAAACUGAAGCCAGAUUAAGUGUGAGUUAAUAACAAAAAGUGUCACACUAACUUUUUUUGACCUUGACCAUUAUUGAAUUUGUAUUAUUUUUGGAUCUGUAAUUUUCUCAAGGGAGGAGAAGCUAAAAAAACAGAGUUUUGGUAAACUUAAUUCUGUCCGAAAAAUUUUUAAUCUAUCAAAUAGUGUUGCUUAUUUUUUUAUGUACUGCUCAGUUAAUCAGUCAAAGGUCGAAUUAGAGCUUGUUAAGUUUUCUGCACAUUUUGGGUGGUGUAGUGCAGUUAUUUUGAAUCUGGCCCUUCAUGUUUGCAGUAAAUAAGCGAUAUAUUUAUAUUCAGUAAGGCCAUUAGGGGUUCAAGAAACUGCUCAAUUCGCUGUUUCCAUGUGUAUGUGUGUGUUUAGGACUGCACAACUCACACAAACUGCAGUUGAAGCUACUGCUAGAUGCUGCCGUUGCUAAUUGCCUUGCAACACAUCAAUCAAAACUCAAUCAAUCACGAAUGGCUAAAGAGAGGCCUACACUGUUUUGUUUUGCUUUGUUUUUCACUGCAAAUUAAUUUAUUGUUUAUUUAUUUAUUUAUUUGUUCAGCAAGACAUCAGUUGGAACUGAGAACUGAGUGCACAUUGUGUGUGUGUGUGUUUGUGUGUGUGUACACUGAGCAUUUCAGAAUAUGAUCUAUUUUCUCAAGAAGAAAAAGCUGAGAAAUCUAUUUAUACUGCAUGAGUAUCUAUAAGAAAUAUUAAUGACCUAAAAAGUGGUGCAAUUUUCACGUCAUAUCUCAGACAGGGAGAUAUUACAGUAACGGUAACUCUGUACAGUCCAAAGCAAGCGUCAGUAAAACUCAGCGUUCCCGUGCGUUGUCAGCGCUGGCGGAGAUGGAGACGCCCGCAAUCCUGCAUGUGUUUUGAGGGAACAGGUGUGUGUAUGUGUGUGAGUCUAUUCUCCUUCUACUGCAGUUUUACUGUUUGUUGGGGUUUAUAAGUGAGUUUUUGGUCUUUUUCUGCAGUUUUCUCUUUCGCGUCAUCAUGUGCAUAAUGCUGACGUCAUGCACACACCUUCAAACACUCUUAAACACUUCUCAUUUCUAUGAGAUGUGUGUGUUUAUUUUGUUUAUUUCUAUUUAUAAAUAGUUUAUUUCUUUAAUUUUGUUGUGUUUUUUCAUGUAUAAUAAUGUGUAUUUCACAUGGGAUGGGAUUGUGUAUUUUCUAUUGAUUUGCACUCGGUGUGGUUCCAUUUAGGAAUGGGGAGGAAGAUAGAUGUGUGGUAAUGUCAGUGUGGGUGUGAGUGAGUGAGCGAGUGAGUGAGUGAGUGUGUGUGUGUUUUUCUUUCUCUUUUAUUCUCAUCUCUUGUACAAUGUUUUUUUCUUUUCUUUUCUUUUUUUGUUUAAAGUUCAUUUAGAGGAUGUGCUAGAGUUAGGAAAUGCAAAGUUCAAAGUCCAUGUUUCAUCCUUAAGGGAAAUCAUUCCGGAGCUCUGUAGCGCGGUUCUGUCUGCAUCCUGCAUGACUGAAUAAAAACCAAACAGUUUUACUCA